UUUAAUAUGUAUCAUAUUUGAUUUGAUAAAAUUUUAAAUACUUUUACAGUUUUAACUUGAUCAAUCCUAAAAUUAUCUUUUACAUGUCUUUGCUAUUAUUUAACAAAUGUUUUUACGGAACAUAUCAUUUGCACAACAAGUCAACAACGGACUAUUACCUAAAUUCAAGUAAGAGACUUUAGGGAGGUCUGACCGUUUGGGUUUGGGUUUAGGUAAAGUUUUGGGGGUUUUUGGAUUCACAAAAAUAAUUAUAUAGUUUUAAAAUAAAUAUAAUUAUAUUGUUUUAAAAUUCACAAAAAUAAAAAUGUGAAAACAUUACUUAUCAAAAAAUGUUAAAAUCUAUUCAUAUUGUAAUUAGAUUUAGUUAAAAAGUAUUUAUGUAAGCGCGGAUCUUAGUGUAGUUUAUAAUUAAAAAAUAUUAGUGUAGUUUAUAAUUAUAUCAUUUUUUAGUGUUUCCUAUUAGAAUCCAAAGACUAGUAUAGAAUAAUACAAGAUAAGUAAGAAAAAAAAAAUGAAAUAUAGAAUCCAAUGGUCCGUCCACUCUAAAAAACUGGUCAAGCCUUUUUCCUAUAGACAUCUAAAAGUUAAUGCCAUUUUUAAAAUUACUUCACUUUUUAGAGCAUGAUUAUUGGAAGGUUCUUAGGAUGGGGUUAUUAGCGGAAUGUAAGAACACGUCUCUUAAUUUUUAACUAAAAAUGUUAAGAACCGUCUCUUAAAACUCUUAUUUAAGAGCUGGUUUUAAGAGACGGUUCUUAGUUUUUUUUAGUUAAAAGUUAAGAGACAUGUUCUUAUAUUUCGCUAGACAUGUUCUUAUAUUUCGCUAAGAACCCUAGCUUAAAAACCCUCCAAUAAUCAUGAUCUUAUAGCUCUUCUACGACAAUAGAACUGCUACAUUAGAUGCAGACAACUAGUUAGCAACAUAAGAACACAAAACCACAAUAGAAGAAACAAAACAAAGAAAACUCCAUGGACAUCACAAGAAACAGCAACACCAAACUCCAUCUUCAAACUCAGUCUUUGUUUCCUCCUAAUAUGGAGAAAACUGUAGAUCUGGAGCCAAGAAUGAACACAAACCCAUUUGAAGAAGAUUCGCUUAUAAGCAGAAUCAACCCAAAUAAAAAUGCAGACCUAAGCAGUAGCAGCAGCAGUAGUGAUAUGGUAAAUGAAAGAAGAGAGAGUUUCUCAUCACAAAAGAGCAUUGGAGAAGGAAGAAGCAGUGGGCAGAGAAGAGUGAUGCUAAUGGAGUCUCCUUGCACUCCAGGUAGAGGAGUCUUCAGUUUCAGUAGCAAUGUCUCUGGGAGAAGAAGAAACUUUCCUUCUAAAUGGGUCGAUGCAGAGAAAUGGGUCACCUCCGGUCAUGAAUCUCCGGCACAUUCCCUCAAAGUUGUUUACUCGGAGAAGUCUAGGGUUACAGAGGAGAAAGUCUCAUUAUCUCCACCAGAUAAGUUAGCAAACGAAGUGCUCCCAUCAACGGAAGGGUUUAUAUUCAGAGAUUCCGACAAGUUUCUCCAAUUUCAGGAAGAAGAAGAAGCUCAAGUUCAACACAGAGACAUGGGAACAGAGAUGACACCAACCGGAAGCGUAACGGCUUCAAGAUGUCACACGCCAUUUAAAAGCAUGUCUCCGGCUAGACACAACACGCCUUCGAAAAUGUCUGGUCCGUUAACAGAAACUAAAAACGUUAUAGACAUCUCCGAGUUCGCCGACAAGCUACGACUCAGUGGGUCAGCAGCGACUCAGUACUAUAGCUCGGUCACUCAUUGGAACUCGAGGGAAGAGGAAGAAGAAGAGAUAUCGAAGAGCUUAAGACAAAUAGACAUGGAAAGUGAGUUACGGAGAAGUGUUUCAGAAUCUAAAGCUGUUUUAUGGGAUGGUCAAGACGACAAGAUCAAGUUUUGCCAAAGAUAUCAAAGAGAAGAAGCCAAGAUCCAGGCAUGGGUGAAUCUCCAAAAUGCUAAAGCAGAAGCUCAGUCCAAGAAACUCGAGAUGAAAAUACAGAAGAUGAGAUCAAAUUUUGAAGAGAAACUGAUGAAGAGAAUGGACACGGUGCACCGGAGAGCAGAGGACUGGAGAGCUACGGCGAGGCAGCAACAUGCUGAGCAGUUGCACAGAGCAGCUGAAACGGCGAGGAAGUUAACAAACCGUCGUGGCUACUUGGUUUCUGGGCGAAGCUCAUGUGGUUGUAUUCCUUACACUAAUACUUGUCACUAAUUUUAAAGAAGAGAAAGUAUAUUACAAAUGGACAACAAUGACAAGAAUUUUUGUUUAUUAUGUGUGUUGGAUUAUCAAUAUUUAUGUUAUUAAUAAUAUCAAUGAAAUACAACAAGGAAUUAGUGGAUAACUACAUUUUUAGAUUACUAAAACUUUUUUUUUGUUGGAAUCCACCUAAAACAUAAACAUAUAAUAAUAGUUUACUACGUGUGUUUUGUCCGCACAUGCGGACAUAAUCAUUUUGCUAAUAGUUAUUAAUAUAUGAUUUAAAUAUCAUGAUAACUUAUUCUCAAUCAUUUUAGUUUUCUUCGAUUUUUAUUUCAGUUUACGUCUCCAUAACACAAAAAAGCUAUAAAAAUAUGAGACUAUAAGAGCAUAAUUACAUAUCAAAUAUUCUACACAAUAAAAUAAAUUAAGAAUGUGAAUUUUUGGUCUCUCUUAAUCUACUUUGUACUUUUGAAUCAGAAACAUGUAUUAAAUUACCAAAAAAAUACUAAAACACACAAAAUCCAAGCAAGAACAAAAUAAAUUAAAAGUAAAUAAAAAUUAAAGUUCGAUGAUAAUUUAGAAGAAAUUUUUUUAAAAAAAAACGAAUUGAGAAAAUGACAAUAUUUCAUUGGUUUACUUGAUCAAUAUACGCAUUGACUUAUUUUAAUAUUUCAUAAGUUUACUUUUAAUAAAAGAAAAAAUAGAUAAUGAUAGUUUUAUUAUUAAAGUUAAAUUGUGGUUAAUUAUAUAAUGAUAAAUCUAAUUAUUAAUUAAAAUAUAUCUAUUUUAGCCGUUUCAUAACAUUCUCUAAACUUAAUAUCAAAAAAUAUUUUUCUUAUAGAUUAAACAAUAAUUAAACAUACACGGGAAAUAACUACAUAAGUAAUUCAGAAUAAUUAAUUCAUAAUUUCAAACUCCAUGUAACAAAACCGACUUGCUCCUAGUCUUUCAAACUCAAAGAAAAAAAAUAGAUUUCCAACUAAAAAAACAAAUAUCAAACGUACAUAAAUAUAUAUGUCAAAAACUAUAAUCGAGACAAUUUAGAACGAAUGAGAAAAAUGAAACUAUAGAAUUUUAAAAAAUCUUACAUCAUAUGAAAAUAACAAUUGGUCCUAACUUGUGUGAAAUAAUUAUAAUUGUAAUUCCAGUUUUAAAAUUUGAAAUAGUUUUAUAUUAUUUAAAUUAAUAAAUUAAUGAUUUAUGCUAAAAACUAAUAAGAAUCUCGUGAAAGUUAAAAUAAUUAUAAUCAUAUUCCAAUUAGAAAUUUUGAAAUAUUUAUAAUAUUAAAAUUAAUGAAUUAAUUAGAAAGUUUGAAAUAUUUAUAUUAUCUAAAUUAAGAAACUGAUUAUUUAAUCUAAAAACUAAUAAGAAUAUGACAAAUAAGCAAAAUUAGCUAAAAUCAUGGAGAAUGUGACAAAUCAGCAAAAUCAUUUCAUAAAUAAUAGUAUAGAUUUU